AUGGAUUUUGAUUAUAAUUAUUGGUCUAAACGUGGUAUUGUUGGACCCAAACCGAUACCCAUUUACGGUAAUCUAUUGACUUUAAUAUUAGGACCUCAACCUAUACAGGAGCUAAAAUGGUUCAAAAAAUUUGGCAAAAUUUAUGGUAUAUAUAUCGGUACAAAACCGGUACUACGUGUGGCCGACCCGAAGCUCAUCAAAGAUAUACUCGUUAAAGACUUUGACGUUUUUACAGAUAAAACAGAACAAGUGUUUACCGAUCCGCUAACUUAUAAGAGUCUAUUCCUCAGCAAUGGUGACCAUUGGCACCGUUACCGACGGCUUUUUAGUCCAUUGUUUACAUCGGCCAAACUGAUGCAAAUAUAUCCCAUAAUUGACCGGUGCGUCAAUGACUUAACCAAACAUUUAGGUCACUGGGCAUCGGWUAGCAGUGAAAUCGAUGCCAGAGAAAUGUCUGGCAAAUACACAUUGGAUGUCAUACAUACCUGUGCUCUCGGYCAGAGACUUAUCUCGGUCUACGAGUCUCGCGAAACGGACAUUGAGUUUAUUCGUUACGCCAGAACAAAUCUAAUCGAUGAUCCCAUGAUUACCUACCUGUGCAAUUUGCUAACUAAUUUAUCAACUAAUAUAAGAAAAAAUAGUUUAAAUAAAAAUAAUAGUUUGGUUGACUCGAUAUUACUUAUGGAAUCUGACACAAAAACACAUGACUAUAAAAAUAACGCCAACACUAAACCUGAAAGUAAUGAUAAAUUGCUUACAAAUGUGGAGAUAUUAGCGAACACUUUGAUGUUAGUGAUGGCCAGUUAUGAGGCACCGGCAACAAUGCUAACGUUUUGCUUGUAUGAGUUGGCACUCAAUCAGGACGUCCAACAAAAACUAUACAAUGAGUUGACCACUAAUGCCGAUUUGGACGAUGAAAUCAGUUACUGUAAGCUAAGAGAACUGUCAUAUUUAGAGGCAGUGGUCAAYGAAACGUUUAGACUACACCCGACAACACUAGUUUUGCAGCGAUCAGCAACACGCGACUAUCGGUUAGGUGACACUGGUAUAACCAUUCAACGGGGACAGCAAAUCGAGAUACCUGUCUAUGCCAUACAUCUAUCGGAACAAUACUAUCCCGAUCCUUAUAGAUUUAAUCCGGAUAGAUUUUUGCCGACAAAUAAAACAAGUAUAGUUCCCUAUACAUAUCUACCGUUUGGUUCCGGUCCCCGACACUGUCUGGGUAUGCGAUUGGGAUUACUAGAAAUAAAACUGGCGAUCGCACGGUUAGUUCGUAAAUACCGAUUCACCCGAUCCGCACGUACGUCGGUUCCCUUAUGUUAUAAACAGUGGAUUACUGAUUAUAAUUAUUGGUCUAAACGUGGUAUUGUUGGACCCAAACCGAUACCCAUUUACGGUAAUCUAUUGGCUUUAAUAAUAGGACCGCAACCUAUACAGGAGCUAAAAUGGUUCAAAAAAUUUGGCAAAAUUUAUGGUAUAUAUAUCGGUACAAAACCGGUACUACGUGUGGCCGACCCGAAGCUCAUCAAAGAUAUACUCAUUAAGCACUUUGACGUGUUUACUGACAAAACAGAACAAGUGUUUACCGAUCCGUUUUCAUAUAAGAGCCCGUUUCUGAGCAAUGGUGACCACUGGCAUCGUUACCGACAAUUGAUAAGUCCAUUAUUUUCAUCGGGCAAACUGAGUCACAUAUAUCCCAUAAUCAACCGGUGCGUCAAUGACUUAACCAAACAUUUAGAUCACUUGACUUCGGGUAGCGGUGAGAUCAAUGCCAGUGAAAUGUCUGGCAGAUACUCAUUGGAUGUCAUACAUACCUGUGCUCUCGGCUGUAAACUUAAUGUCUAUGACUUACGCGAAACGGAAAUAGAGUUUAUUCGUUAUGCCAGAAACUAUAAAAAUAACGCCAACACUAAACCCGAAACUAAUGACAAAUUGCUUAUAACUGUUGAGAUAAUAGCAAACAGUUUGAUGUUAGUGGUGGGUGGUUAUGAGGGACCGACAACAAUGUUAACAUUUUGCUUGUAUGAGCUAACACUUAAUCAGGACGUCCAACAAAAGCUAUACGACGAGUUAACUGCCUAUACUGUCGAUAAAGAGGACAUCAGUUGCGAUAAGUUAUGGGAACUGUCAUAUUUGGAUGCAGUGGUCAGUGAAACAUUUAGACUACACCCGACAACACUAGUUUUGCAACGAUCAUCAACACGUGACUAUCGGUUAGGUGACACUGGUAUAACCAUUCAACGGGGACAGCAAAUCGAGAUACCUGUCUAUGCCAUACAUUUAUCGGAACAAUACUAUMCCGAUCCCUAUCGAUUCAAUCCGGAUAGAUUUAUGCCGGCAAAUAAAACAAAUAUAGUUCCCUAUACUUAUCUACCGUUUAGUGCCGGUCCUCGACAAUGUUUGGGACAACGACUGGCGCUCAUUGAAAUAAAACUGGCGGUCGCACAGUUGGUUCGCAAAUACCUGUUCACCCCAACCGCACGUACGCCGGUUCCCAUACGUUAUAAACCGUGGAUUAUGUUUGUUGAACCGCAAGAUGUUUAUGUUAAAAUUGAAACCAGAUAG